AGUUGUCAAAGUAGUUUCUUUUUUUUUAAUGUACAAAGAAGACCAUGAAGGGAGAGUACAGAAUCACACCUCCUGAAGAGGAUGUUAUAAAAGUACAACAUGGAGUGAAAAUAUGGAGAGCCAUUAAUGCCAUAAUGGCAGUCUUUUUCCUAUUAGCUGCCUUUGUUAAUUUAAAUGAUAGUGAUUGGUACAUUUGGGUGCCAGUUUACUCAGUUCCUGGAAUCCUGUCUUUAGUUAGCUGUAUAAAACCAGAUUCUCAAAAUUCAUUAGUUUGGUCCUAUGUAGCAGUUACUUCCCUUGGAUUCUGUAUUGCAUUAGCUUUGUACAUCAUUAUAGUAUCAGCAGAUAUUAAAGGAAUUAACAAUCCACUUAAGUUUGAAGAAGGAAGAGAAUUAUCAGGAGCACUGAUUAUAAUCACAUGGUUAAGUAUGUCUAAAUUUACCAACAUUGGAAGGCCUGGGAGUACAGUAAGCAAUAAUGUGUUACGGAACGCUUUGUUACUGAUUAUAUGUUUGUUAGCAGUGGUACCAGUUAUGAUAUGGUCUGUUUGUUUACAUGAGACUGGAAAAGGCUUUCAUCAUUGUGGAGGAAAUACUGAAAUCAAACAUGAAUUAUGAAUGCAAGCAAAAAUCUGUUCAGAAUAUUUCGUCAAAUUGUGCAAUACAUAAUGAGAUAUCAGCAAGUACAUGUAUACCCAAAUUGUUUGGAAUGUCCGAAAUUACCAAUUUUGAAUAUGAAAUGUAAACGAGAAAUCGUAGUUUUCUAUAUCAUAGUAUUUCCGUUUUUACCCUUAUUGUAAACAGGGAAAUUUUGUUGGUUUCUUUAUUUUCACGAUUUAAAUGCAUAAAUUUUUUGGCAUGGGGACAAAUUUCACUCAUAGAAACCAUAAUUUUGCCCUUCAUGGCAAUAUUGAGGUUUUCUACAAACUAUUCAUGCAGGGGAUAUUUUCACACAUUUUACAAUUUACACAUGUGUGAAAUAUUGUCAAGUAACCCCAGCGCAAAAAUUUCCAUGUAUACAAUUUGAAUUUUUAAAAGAAUUUUCAAUAAGUAAUUUGAGACUGUGAUAGGAAAAUUUGUGGAUUGAGUAUAUUUUUUCUAAAUGUCAAGUGGUCAAUAUAACAAUGUGUAUUAUUUAUUUUUUAUUGUUUUAAUAAAACUUUUAAAAAGUUAUUUCCAACAGCUGUGCCAAAACGGUUAAAUUUUAAUAUUUAAAAGCUUUUUCAAAGUUAAGUUUUUGUAAGGAUUUUCAAAUUACCCCAAAUAAUAAUCAUGCAUACCACUUUCUUCACUUACUGGA